UUGUACUCCAUCACAUGUCACUGCGGCAACGCCUCCCAGGCUGUGACCAUCACACACCUGGGCGACGAGAUUGCGCUGUGCCACAAGACGGAAGAGCGCCACAUCACGGGCGUUCUCUGCACUUCUUAUGAGACCAUUGACAAGCCCGAGAAGUACGAUCAACUGCGUCAGUUUACUGGCUCCGACGGAACUCGCUACUGGUGUGGAACCUGUGGUUGCCACGUCUUCCUUCACGAGGACAAGGGCGGCGAGAGCGUUUGGCUUGUUCCCACCGGCACCCUGAUUGGCUUGGACACUCAUGAUGAAAAGCGAACUGUUGAGAGGAUGGCCAACACAUAUGCUUGUCACAACGCUGUCAAGUCCACCGUUGAUGGAGGGCUGUCUUCUGUGAGUAUUGUCCAGAGUACGCAUGGAAGCACCAGCAAGGGAGCCCAAGGUGACGUCUUGCACCUCUCAUGUGGUUGCAAGAAGGUCCAGAUGCGCAUUACGCGACCCAACAAUGUCAGCUCUUCGUGCCGAGCCAAAUUCCCCGAUCUUCUGAUGCCUUACCACUCCUCCGAUCCACUGGCGGUUCAGAAUCAGGGGCACAAGGCGUGGUGGCUCCGCCCCGCAGACAGCAGCAAGCCCAAUAAAUACCUCGCCGGCACUUGCGCCUGCCUAACAUGCCGCCUGACCUCCGGAUUUGAGAUCCAGAACUGGGCCUUCGUUCCCCGAACCAACACCACUCUCUAUUUCGACGGCUCCAAGAAGCCCAUCCCCCUGGACUUCAACUCACUCUCGGUCAAGACCUCGCUGGGCACAUACCAGAGCUCCAAGGGUGACAUCAAUGCCUUCCGCCACUUCUGCUUGCAAUGUGGUGCUACCCUCUUCUGGCGCGAUGCCUACAGAACCGAUGUCAUCGACGUCAGCGUCGGCCUCAUGGAUGCCCCCGAGGGCGCCAGAGCCGAGAGGUGGCUCGAUUGGUGUACCUACCGUGUUAGCUUCUCCAAGGACGCUGCUCUGGGUCGAACUGGCAAGAUUGCGGUCCCAGCUAAAUCUCUCAUCCAGGGUCUUGAGGAGGGCAUAAAG